CUCAACAGCUCGUGCGCAACUGGUGGCUGUGAGCCAGCCUGGCGUGUGUCGCUAUGGUUCUAGGUUGGAUUGCUGUUAUGGCUGGAAAAAGAACAACAAGAGCCAAUGUGAAGCUAUCUGUGGACAUGGUUGCAAGUACGGCGAGUGCAUGGGACCAAACAAAUGUAAAUGUAUCCUUGGAUUUACCGGGAAAAGCUGUAAUCAAGAUCUGAACGAAUGUGGACUGAAACCACGUCCCUGUGAGCACAGAUGUAUGAAUACACAUGGCAGCUACAAGUGCUAUUGUCCCAACGGGUACAUGCUUUUGCCAGAUGGCACAUGUGCAAGUUCUAGAACAUGUGCCAUGGUGAACUGCCAAUAUGGAUGUGAAGAAGUCAAAGGAGAGGUGCAGUGUCUUUGUCCAUCAGGUGGCCUUCAGUUGGGACCAAAUGGAAGGACAUGCAUUGAUAUUGAUGAAUGCUCCACUGGCAAAGCUGUCUGCUCUUACAACCGCAGAUGCAUCAACACGUUUGGAAGCUACUACUGCAAGUGCCAGCUUGGUUAUGAACUGAAAUACGUCAGUGGCCAUUAUGACUGUGUAG